AUGGUGUGGCACGGUUUAGGAGGGGCAGUGGCAGUAGUAGCGAUAGUAGGACGAACUAGUUUAGGUAGAGCAAAGGGCAUCGCGCGAAGAUGCUACUCGGCGGUAGCAACCGGUGCCAAAGCGCCCCUUCACCGGGCCGUGAUGGCAACGGAAACGGUAAAGUUUUUUGAGCCACAGCGCGACCAGGUGUUUAUCGAUAUGACGUUCGGUGCGGGCGGUCACACGCGUGCCCUGCUCGAGGCCGCACCCGGCUCGACGGUGGUCGCCCUCGACCGUGAUCCACUCGCGCACCGGUUGGCGUGUGAAAUGGCGGCGCAGUUUCCCGGCCGCAUCGUACCGCUGUUGGGUCGAUUUUCCGAACUUCCGGCCCUGUUGCGCACGGUCGAGGGGCUUGAUCGGCAGCGGCAUUUCGACGGUGUGCUGUUCGACUUCGGCUGCUCCUCGAUGCAGUUCGAUGAAGCGGCCCGUGGCUUUUCCAUCUCGCACGAUGGGCCGCUCGAUAUGCGCAUGGACCGGGACCGCUGUCCCGAGCAGCUGUCCGCGGCCGAGGUGCUCGCACGCAUCCAGGAACCGGAUCUCGUGCGCAUCCUCAAGGUGUACGGGGAGGAAAAGCAGGCGAAAAAGAUUGCCCGCGCGAUCGUGAAUGCACGGUUCACGGUGAAGCGCAUCGAAACGACGGCCGAGCUGGCGAACAUUGUGGCGCACUGUCUGAGCCAGGGCGAGUCGGCCGGCGGGCAGGGUACGUACGACUUCCGCCAGGACAAACUGCGCCGGCCAGCGCACGUGGCGACGAAAACGUUCCAAGCGCUGCGUAUCUUCGUCAACAACGAGCUGAACGAAAUCAACUACGGGAUGGUGCUGGCGAAGCAUCUGCUCCGUACCGGCGGCAAGCUGGUAACGAUCGCGUUCCACUCGCUCGAGGACACGAUCGUGAAGCGCCAUCUGACCGGGCACGUGGUGGACGAUGUGGCGAGCCGCGUUCCGCUGCAGUACGUUAGCCACACGCUGGCGCACGAAACGGAGGCGAUGCAGGAGAUGAUGAAGCCGCACUGGAAGCAGAUGCACAAGCACGUGAUGGUACCGACGGACGAGGAGGUGGCCGACAAUCCGAGAAGCCGGUCGGCUAAACUGCGCGCCGCCGUACGAUUGAGCUGAGGACGAGCAGCACCACGUCGCGACGAUUGAAUAAAACUGAAACCAAAUCUGUGUUAGCGAUUAGUCACAACAA